AUGAAGAUUGAACCAAGCCUAACUGAUAGUUUAAGUUGGCAAGUCACUAAUAGAACUUUGUACCAUCCAUUUUCCUGCUUUCAACUUCUGGAUAAUUCUCUAAUGUUCGCUUUAACUUCAAAGAACAAACUCCUUCUGCAAAAAGGCAGUAAUACUACAAUAUUAUGUGUAACUUUAGUUAAAAACAGUAAAUAUAAUAUUUCGAAGAAUAUAGUUACCAACACUGUAAUUGAUUUAAAAUUCCCCAUUGGUUCGCUUCAACUCCCUCAUACCCCUGUUACAGGUAGAUUUUUUGGUAAAAUGAAUUUUGAGAUACAUUUGUCUCACUGCUCACGUGGUUUAGUUUCAUUUUAUUUAGCUGAUACUAAACUGAGCUUAUUGGAACCAUUUAUAAUACUUAAGUGUAUGGACACAACAUUAUUGCAGGACUCUCAAAACAGUGAUGUACAAAAGAAAUCUACAUGGUCAUUUAAAGAAAGACCUUAUUCUUGUACAUAUAUCUCUUUGGAAAAUGUACUUCAGUGGUCAUGUAUUUCUAAAGUUGAAGGAGCUGAAUUUCAAAUAAAUAAAGAAAUUCAGAAUAUCUUGAUACCAGAAAGUCAUGUAUUACAAGAUACAAUAUUAGGGAACUUUGUGAUUAUAGGAGAGUCUUUCAUACUAAAAUCUGGUUGUGAAGGAGAGAUUUUAAGUAUAAAGCAUUCAAGCAAAUUGGCUAUAUCUGAGGAAUUAAUUCGAAUUAGAUGUGAUGAUGGUGGAAAAAAGAGAAUGGCAGAGAAAGUGGCAUAUGCAGUUAUGUUGGCAAAUAGUGGGAAAGAUGAAAAUAAGGGAUAUUCGGAAACUCGACAAAAUUUCUCUGCGAGUGUGUAA